UUAUUGGACGGAAUCCAUUUUCCUUGGUGUUGUUGUGACAUUUUGCUCUGCUCUUGUCCUUAGAAAAAGGAAAUACUAGUGAAUAAAAUUGUAUUAAUCCUGAGAAAUUCAACGACAUAAAUGUGUUAUGCUUUAUCUUAAAGCUAAAUACAUCUUAGAAGAGAACUGUGUACAGUGGAAACGAAUGCACGAUGGGUUGAAAUUGUGACUGUUGUCGGCAUAAAUACAUUAUUUUAAUUUCAAGACUGCUCACGCUCUACCUUAGAUAUAAGAAUAUUAAACGCAUACUUCCACAAUGGAGCUUGAUGUAUCUCCUGCAAAUGUAGAGGAGAACGAUAUGGAAUUCUCCGACAAUUCGUCAGAGAGUAAAUACUUAUCCUGUAAUAUCAGUGAGCAGUAUUCCGUCGUACGCAUUCCAGAAGACGGUGAAGCACCUGAACCAAAAUCGAGCAAGCACUCGUCGCGGAAACAGUCAAAAAGAAGAAAAAAGAGUUCUAAUCAUUCAAGGCCUCUACCAAGGAUUAUAGUAAAGCCUUUACCACCUCCUCCACCACCAGAGGCCAGGGAAUGGACGGCAGCUACAACUUACACGGAGACAAAUACUAGUUCUAAUAAACUGUCUACAAUGCGCGAGGUACUUGCCAGUAUACCAGGAUUCUGUCUCAAGCCUCGCAAACGAAGUGGGAAGAAGUUAUCUACUGCUGCACAGUUGCAGCAAACUAGAGAAGGCUGCAUAGAUUUAGAGACCCCUGAUUCGAUAUUAGUUAACACUAACAUUAGAGCACUACUAAACAAACAUACAUUCUCAUUACUUCCGCCUCUGUACCAGUACAAGCUUGGGCAGCUGCUUCCAAGUGUGGAUCGCCCUAGCCCUUCUGGUCGUCUAAGUUCUUCUAGUCUAAAUAAUGAAUUCUUUGCCCGAGCCUGUCUAGAGUGGCAGGAGAGUCUAUCGGGUGGUGAAUUUACACCUGAAAAUCAGCAGAAAAUAAAGUCGGAAGUAGAGAAAGAAAAAAGCAAAAUUGACCCAUGGAAGUUAAAGCAUUUUGAACCCUUUUGGGGUGAUAAAUUUAGAAGAGAAAAAUCUUCUCUUAAUUUAAAUUCAGAAAGGCCUUCAUUAAAAACAACUAUUAAAUUGAGACCCACAGCAUCCAUUACAAGCACUAGUACUGUUCCAAAGAUUAAGAAAAGUAAAUCAUCCAGUAAUAGUAAAAGAUUAAGGAAUGUCGGGGCAGUGACCAGGUCAUCCGCCAAAGCAGAUGAUGUAGUAGAGGAACCUCCUAUCAAUGCAAAGUCAUCAGCACCAGUCCCGGAUUUACUCCCUCUCAAACAUGCCAAGUCUCAAAGGGGCUAUGUGGAAUGCCAAGUUGACUUUAAUUUUUCUGACUCUCCAUCUGCACCUAGGUUGGAUGACUCUGUUCCUUCCACACCUGUGGAUCCCUUGUUGCUACCGGAUGCAGAAGCAGAAAGAAGUGAAGUUAAACAAGAGUUAGACCUUAAUGUUGUAAAAAUCGAAGAGUCAAGUGCAUCUAAAGAAAAUGAAACAAAUAAAACUGACACAGAAGCUUUCUUUUCUGAAACUGCUAAGAGACUAAGUGAUGACAAUGACAAUGAAAAUUGUAGUAUAGCAAAGAGAAUCAGGUAUGAAGAUGAAGAAGUAUAUAAUUAUUUAGGUUUUUUAACACAGAAUGUAGAAGAGCCAGGAAGCAAUAACUGUUCCGAUGGUGAAACAAAUGAUCCCAAUGAUCAGAUUUGUCCAAGUGAUGAACACACAUACCCUGAACAAGACCAGGUGGACACAAAUAGUGAAGACAGCAAGGCAACCGCUUCUGUGUAUGAAUAUGAUGAAAGAAGUGUAUCCUCACUAUCAAGUUUGAAAAUUGAUAACAAUGUCAGUAACAUUGGAACAGGUGAAGAUGUUAAUGUCAACAAUGAUAAUCUGCAAUGUGAGAAUUCAGUCACAGAAAUGGAGGAGAGCCCUUGCAAUGUUAAAGAAGAAACUAAACACUCUCCAGCUCCUGUUUCACCUCGAGCCUUUAUACCAGAACAGUUUCCUACAGAAGAUAAAAAUGUUUCUAAUUUUAACAUUGCUUCUCCACAAAACACUGCAACUGAAGAUGUUAAGAAAGAAUCAUAUCACAAUCAAGAAAUAAACAGUCAAAAUGUUCCAGUCCAUGAUGAACAACCUAAUGAAAAAGAGAAUGAGGAUAGUUGUGAUAAAUUUGAAAAACUUAGAUCAACUGAAAAUAUUGUACAUAAUUACUAUGAUGAACACUUCAAGGAUGCAGAGUCCUUUAUUUUGGAGACGGGAGGACUGUCAAUACUGGCUUCUCAAUGUGAAGAUGUAAAGUAUGCAUCACAUCCCAAUUUAAUGGAAUUAUCAUCAUACAUGAGUGAGACAAAUGUUACUGCUGUUGUGACCAUGCCUAUGCCUCAGAAUUCAUCAAUUCCUAUCAUGGAAGUAACCAACACAUCUAUGGUGUCAUAUCCUGAUGACAACAUGCAGGACCCAGCAAAACCAAAAACUUCAGCAGUAUCAUGGAAAACUGAGAACAAUUUGACAAACGAUGUCAUCACAUUACACAAUUUCUCAAACGCAAGCAUAGAAAAUUCAAAAUAUCUCAGUGAAGAUUCAAAAACAAGCAUGGAGGACACAAACAUGAAUGAGGAUUGUAUGUAUAAAGAAGAUAGAGAUGCAAAUUUUAAUAUGGAGUCAUCAAAUUCGUCAGAAAGUUGUCAGUCAAUGAAAGAUGCUUCUGUAAAGCUAGAGUGUGAACCGGCUACUAGUCUGGUUUCUAGUACUACGGCUACUAACCCACCUGUGAGUUCAACUACUAUGACUAAUAUUGUGAGGCCAUCAGGGAAAAAAUCAAAAUCGGGAAAGGAAUCAAACAGAAGCCGCAGCUCGAACAAAGUCCCCCCCGGCGCCGUGAACCUCGAGCGCAGCUACCAGAUCUGCCAGGCCGUGAUCCAGAACAGCCCCAACCGCGACGCGCUGCGCGGCCAGCUGCGCCCGCCGCCCGCGCUGCUCACCCGCGCCCCGCGCGCGCCGCGCCCGCCUCCCCCGCCUCCCCCGCCCGUCGCGCCUCCCCCGCCACCCCCGCCGCCGCCGCCGCCGCCCGUGCUGCUCAGACAGCUGCCUGUCUCUGUCAUGCCGCAUAAUGAGAUAAAUGAUAACAGAGCCAACAACAUGGGACAGUACAUUCUCGUCCAGCGGACUCCCAACGUAGCACCAAGGGCAUCCAGCGCUCCGCCAGCCAAUCAAAACACCAAUGUUAGCGUGACGCGAUGCCGCAGCGUGGGCGCGGACGACGCGUGCGUGUGCAACCUGCGCGCCAUGAUCCUCUGCAAGAAGUGCGGCGCCUUCUGCCACGACGACUGCAUCGGCUCGGCCGAGCUCUGCCUCACCUGUCUCAUACGCUGACACGAAGCGGCGCCGAACGCGCUCAGCCCCAAGUCUUUAAAAACUCUUGUGUGAAGUGUGUCGACAGCGGGGCCUCGCGUCAAAUGACACGACUAUCUCGCGCUUGACCCGGCGAGCGCCCAAGAAAGUGUUUGUACUGUGAAAGUAAAGUUCAGCUCAGAGAAGUGCCCUGUCUCACACGCGGACGUGACUCGCUACUCAGUGAAUUCUCUCACAAACUCUCGUGAUUUGGCUUUGUAAAGUGUUUGGACAUGUGUGGAAUGUGGUUUUCAGAUGUGGUGCUAUCAUUUUGAAGAGUGAGAGUCGCACGUGUAGAGUAGAUGACGCUGGUAUCAACUAGCAUUGUAUUCACUAAAGUAGCUUAAUGAUUGUCCCAGAUAAUUCACGCUAAUAUAAUCGAAAUCUUCAGACGAGGGUGCAGCUUAACUAAACGUCAUAAAAUAGGGUCUUUUUCCAUUUAAGUAUUAAUUAUUUAUCGACAAUAGAAAUAUUUUUACACUGUUAAGCAAAACAAGAGAGAUGAUUAGUAAUUUCGUAAAUAGAUUUACACAUCACAUUAUUAGAUUUCAAUGUUCAUUUUGCACACCUAUGCCAUUUUUUAAGGCUCAUUAAUCUUAUUAUAUUAUUUAUUUGAUGGAACUGAUGUGAAAUUUUUCAUUUGAUUAUUUCUCUACUAAGAGUCUUACUGCUGUAAUUUAAUCAUUUGUUAAUUUUUAUUGAAAAUAAGGAUCAUAGUUCUUCAUAAGAGUACAUACGAGGAAAAUUAGAAUUUAAGCUAGGUAUAGAUAUGAUUUUGCCAUUAUAUUUUUAAUAUCUGAUUAUCAUCACAAGUAAGUAUUGUUUUUAGUUUGUAUAGUUUUUUAGCCGAGCGUGAGGCUCGCUCUCAGGGGCCGCGUCGGCAGAGAUGCGGAUCCUUCCUAGUUGUAUGUCUUAAUUAGGGACAUGUACAGAUAUUUAUUGACGAAAGAUAGCAUGGUCGCGUGUUACAGAAGACUUGUAACCUAUAGUCGCUGUUUGCCUCUCUUUCUAACAAAUAUGGUUGUUAGAAAUAGAGGCAUGAGUACAUUGCAGGUUACGAACCUUAUAAAACGCGACCCUAGUGGUUAAAACAUCGGGUCGAAUUGUAAUAAUACAAUGGAGGGUUCUAUACAUUUGUAUAAGUAUUUACUAUAUUACUUGUUAUAUUUAAGUUUUUCAUUAUGGCGUGUACACUAAUACGACACUAAGUUAUGCAAUAUAUUUAUAGCUGUCUAUCAUAUUUUUGUAAGGACAUUUUACAAAUGAAUAUUGCUUUUGCCAAUUUAAUACUUGGUUUGAAAUUAACAUGAUCCAUGUAAUCUCAGAACGAUCUCUUGAUUUUACAUGGCCUGUUGUACCACACGUAACAUUAGCAUGUAACGAACGUAACAUUUAGCGCAGUAACGAUAUUGUAACGAAAUAACUGAAAUAUGAAAAAGUAACUGAUUCAAUAUAAUUAUGUUGAUUAGAUAGCGACCAUAUAAUGGCUAUGCCUAGAUUGUUCACAUAGCAAUGCCUUAAGUGAUGAUUUCUAGACGCCCUAUCUCAUCAAAGGAUGUUACAAUUAUAAUAAUAAGCAAUCUUAACAUAUAUUAUAUAGGCAUUUAAUAUAACGUAUUGCUCACUCUGUUUCAAUCAGAAAAUAUAUAAUACAUAUAUCACACAUUAAUAACUGUUAACAUUGUUUUACAUGUAUACAUAGUGUCACAAAAUACUAUUAUUUAGAUGUUAACAAAUGCCUGCAACAUACAUAUUGAGAAUCAAGCAUGCUACUUUUUUUAUUAAAUAUGCCCUAGCAUAGUACGAUCUAUCGCCGAUUUCAACCAUUUAUUGUCUCUUUUUUAGCAAGUAUGUAACUACCAAUUGAAUGAAUGGUUUAAUUUGGUUAUAAAUCAUACUAUGGUAGGCGGGCCGGUAGAGAUAUUUAGUGGUAUAAAUAUUUCAGCAAAACUCGCAAAUUUGAGUUGUGAAACCUUAUAUAUCACAAAAAAUGUCUAAGAAGUAGAAUAAAAUUGUAAUAAAAGUAACUGUUCAUUUGGAAUGGCUGAAACUUGUGAGCUUUGAGAUAUGUCAGAAAUAUGUCACCAUCCAUAUUCAAUGUAGGUUCAUGCAUUACAUUUUACAUCACAUACGU